AUGCUACGUCUUCAACGAAGCCUUAAGGGAAAGGCCUUAGAGUCCGUGCGUUGUCGCCUACUGCACCCUGCGAAUUUACAGGGAGUGAUAUCGACAUUGAAAACUCUUUUCGGAAGACCGGAGAUCAUUAUUCAUUCGCUGGUGAACAAGGUUCGAGAGAUGCCGCCACCGAAAGCGGAGAAAUUGCACACGCUGAUAGAUUUUGGGGUGGCAGUUCAAAACAUGUGUGCCACCAUCACGGCUUCCGGUCUUAACGAGUAUAUGUGUAACGUGUCACUACUCCAAGAGUUAACGGAGAAACUUCCACCCGCUAUAAGGCUGAGCCGGGCCUUACAUCGGCAACAACUGGACCAGGUUACACUAUCGGAAUUCGGAGAUUGGCUGGGAAAGUUGGUCGAAGCAGCGAGCAUAGUCACAAUGCCAUCCAUCAGUAUUCCGAGAUCACCCGAGAGACGAGGCAAGAAGGACGAGAAUUACAUAAACGUUCAUUCGGAAAGCGAUCCCAGCCUUGAUGUUCCUUCGCGGGAUCGCCCGACCAUAGCAACGGAGGACUGCUGCGUGUGCUCGAACGAAUGCAGCAGCCCAGAGAGAUGCCCAAGGUUCCUCGAAAUGGACAACGGGUCCCGCUGGACAAUUGUCAAGGAAAAAAGAUUGUGCAGGAAGUGUCUGCGAAAGCAUUUCGAUGCCUGCCAGGUCAAAACACCAUGUGGUAAAAAUAGCUGUACGUUGAUGCAUAACUAUUGCACGACGACAAACGUCAUAGUAAGGCUGCGAGUUCCGAAUCAACGAAAUCGUCGAACGAAAGCUCAGCGAGCUGCAACAUGCACUCUAGGGCGACGAAGAAGGUUCUGUUUCGGUACGUUCCAGUGA